AUGGUUUCUUCUGAACCCCCAAAGAUCACCACCACCAUCGUUGUGUUAGCCUCUGCAAAAUCUCCUCUGCAAACCCCACAGACCACCACCACUAGCGCUGUUGCAACAUCUUCAGAAUCUCCUCCGCAACCCCCACAGACCACCACCACCAACGCUAUUGCAGCCUCUUCAGAAUCUCCUUCGAAACACCCCCAGAUCACCUCCACCAACAUCACCACAACUAAAGCUAUUGAAGCUUCUUCAGAAUGUCCUCCGGAACCCCAAGAGAUCACCACUACCAAUGCUGUUGAACCCUCUUCAGAGUCUUCUCCGGAACCCUUAGAGAUCACCAUGACCAAUGUUGUUGAGCCCUCUUCAGAGUCUCCUGCGGAAUCCCCAGAGAUCACCGAUUCACCAUCAACAACGAUGUUGCAGCCUCUCCAGAAUCCACUCCGUUCCAAGCAAUCCAAUAGGCCAGUAUGCAAAUAUUGUGGCAUAACUGGUCAUGUAAUUGAUAAAUACUAUAAACUACAUGGUUUUCCUCCGGGAUACAAGCAAAAGUCACGGCAGCCAAUCACGGCCAACACUGUUGCUCUCAAUGACAACACUUCUGCAGCCUCUCCAUUCUCCUUGACCGAGGCACAAUAUAAGCAGUUACUGUCUAUGAUAGCUUCCAAUCCUCAGCCUAAGCCUGAUGAUUCCAGUCAUGUGGUCAACACCGUAGCUUCCUCCCACUCCUUAUCUGAUUCUGACUGGGCCUCUUGUCCAGAUAGCCGAAGAUCAACCACUGAUUUUUGUGUUUUUCUUGGUGGCUCUCUGAUUUCUUGGAAGACUAAGAAACAACAGACUGUUUCUCGCUCUUCUGCUGAAGCUGAAUAUAGGGCCAUGGCUUCUACCACUUGUGAAAUAGUUUGGCUUUUAACUCUUUUAUCUGACCUUCAUAUUCCUCAUUCUCAUAGUCCUCAUCUUUUUUGUGACAGUCAAGCUGCACUUCACAUUGCUGUCAACCCCGUUUUUCACAAACGGACAAAGCACAUUGAGCUCGAUUGCCAUUUCAUUUGA